AUGGACGAAGACGCGGAUAAUCCUUCGUACACAGGUGUCUUCGGACGAGACUAUUUUGCCACCAUUCCAAAGUACACUGAACACCCGCUGUUAUGGCUCCGGCAAAUCGAGGUCCACUGCAACAAGAUAACCUCGCAAACCAUCAAAUAUCAUCGUGUGUUGUCAGAACUGCCCAAACAUGUGAAAGUUGCAGUUCUUAAUCUGAUUGGGGAAACUCCUGAGUUACCGUCGAACCUGCUGGCGCACAUGCGACGUGAUGUUGAAGGCAGGCAGAUUGGUGACAUGGAACUGCGCCAAUUGUGGACCAAGUGCCUGCCGGAGAAGAUGCCGCCCGUCUCAACUGCACACCUACAGAUGCUAACUCGGUGCUUUUGA